AUGGCGGGCAAAUUUGCUCCGAAGCGAGGAGAGAAGCUCUCUCUCUCCUCUUGUAUCAAAAUGAUAGACGGCUACACCAUGCCUCGCUUUGGCAUUGGUGCUUGGGACAUGCGAGGCUCUGAAUGCCGCACCGCCCUUCUCAACGCCUUGGGCAAGGCAGGCUAUCGCCACGUUGACACAGCUCGCUAUUACCGCAACGAAGAAGCAUGUGGACAAGCCGUUCGAGAAUGCUCCGUCCCCCGAUCCGAGAUCUUCUACACGACCAAGGUCUAUUUGAACGAGAUGGGCGGUGGCUCUAUCACCCGGAAUGCUGUUGAAGAGAGUCUCUGCAAAUCCGGCUUGGACUACUUGGAUCUCGUUCUACUUCACGCACCUGAAGGUGGGACCAAGUUCCGACUCGAUUCUUGGGCGACACUUACUGAGCUAGUGCAAGAGGGUAAGAUACGAAGUCUUGGAGUCUCUAACUUUGGACCACAGCAUAUCAGGGAGCUCUUGGAUAGCAAGCCAAAGGUGCUACCGGUGGUGAACCAGGUGGAAUUGCACCCCUUCUUUGCUCAAAAGGAGUUGAGGAAGGCUUGUGAAAAGGAGGGGAUCAUUGUUCAGGCUUAUUGCCCCUUGGCGAGGGGCAGGUACUAUGGCAAUGAGACCUUGGUGAAGGUGGCCAAGGAGACAGGCAAGACUGAGGCUCAGGUGAUGCUCAGAUGGCUGGUUCAGAGUGGCAUUGUGGCGCUGCCGAAGAGUGCUAAUCCGCAAAGACAGGUCGAGAAUGCCGAGUGCUUGUCGUUUGAGCUCUCGUCUGAGCAGAUGCAGGAACUCGACGCCCUGGAUCGAGGAGACAAAGGGUGGAUCGAGAUCCAGUCUCAGAGUCAGCACUGCGAUUGA